AUGCAUCUGACUGUAUUUUUACUUAGGGGUAUUGUGGGUUUCCUCUGGAGCUGCUGGGUUCUAGUGGGUUCUGCGAAAGGAAGUUUGGGAGACAAUCAUGUUCACUCCAGUUUUAUUUAUAGAAGACUACGGAACCACGAAAGACGGGAAAUACAGAGGGAAAUUCUUUCUAUCUUGGGUUUGCCUCACAGACCCAGACCAUUUUCACCUGGAAAACAAGCUUCCUCUGCACCUCUCUUUAUGCUGGACCUGUACAACGCCAUGGCCAGUGAGGAGAACCCCGAGGAGCCGGAGUACUCUGUGAGGGCAUCCCUGGUAGCAGAGACCAGGGGAGCCAGGAAGGGCUCCCCAGCUUCUCCCAAUGGGUACCCUCGCCGCAUCCAGUUGUCUCGAACGACUCCCUUGACCACCCAGAGUCCUCCUCUAGCCAGCCUACAUGAUGCCAACUUUCUGAAUGAUGCUGACAUGGUCAUGAGCUUUGUCAAUUUAGUUGAAAGAGACAAGGAUUUUUCUCACCAGCGAAGGCAUUACAAAGAAUUCCGGUUUGAUCUUACUCAGAUUCCUCAUGGAGAAGCAGUGACAGCAGCAGAAUUCAGGAUAUAUAAGGACCGGAGCAACAGCCGAUUUGAAAAUGAAACAAUUAAGAUUAGCAUAUAUCAGAUCAUCAAGGAAUACACAGAUAGGGAUGCAGAUCUGUUCUUGUUAGACACAAGAAAGGCCCAAGCUCUAGAUGUGGGUUGGCUUGUCUUUGAUAUCACUGUGACCAGCAAUCAUUGGGUGAUUAAUCCACAGAACAAUUUGGGCUUACAACUCUGUGCAGAAACAGGAGAUGGACACAGCAUCAAUGUAAAGUCGGCUGGUCUUGUGGGAAGACACGGGCCUCAGUCAAAACAACCAUUCAUGGUGGCCUUUUUCAAGGCUAGCGAGGUACUUCUCCGAUCUGUGAGAGCAGCCAACAAACGGAAAAAUCAAAACCGCAAUAAAUCCAGCUCUCAUCAGGAUUCCUCCAGAAUGUCCAGUGUUGGAGACUAUAACACAAGUGAACAAAAACAAGCCUGUAAGAAGCAUGAACUCUACGUGAGUUUCCGGGAUCUGGGAUGGCAGGACUGGAUUAUAGCACCAGAAGGAUAUGCUGCAUUUUAUUGUGAUGGAGAAUGUUCUUUUCCACUCAAUGCCCAUAUGAAUGCCACCAACCAUGCCAUAGUUCAGACUCUGGUUCAUCUGAUGUUUCCUGACCACGUACCAAAGCCUUGCUGCGCGCCAACCAAAUUAAACGCCAUCUCUGUGUUGUACUUUGAUGACAGCUCCAAUGUCAUUUUGAAAAAAUACAGAAAUAUGGUAGUGCGUUCGUGUGGCUGCCACUAAUAU